AUGAACGGGAAGGGUAUGCAAACGAAACCGCAAUCAAUGAAGUGUGCUCUUAGCCUUCCCCUAGUCUUGGCCCUCGUUGGAUUCGCCUCGGCGUACACCUUCCUUGUGCCAGUUGAAAAAUCCUGGAGGACUGGAAGACUGUAUGUGUAUUACGAAGGACGAAGGUAUUAUUUGACAGAUGAUCCUACAAAACGUCUCAUCGUCUUUCUUGUAAACGACUGCAUUGUUACCUUGAAUCUCGAAAAGUCUAGACGUGAACGCUAUCGUAAUGGAGACGCAAUAUGCAGAAACCAGUUUGAGCAGUAUGGAGACGAUGCUUGGAAAAGCUACGUUGAUGAACGUCUCCGAAAGUAUAGUAGAUCUUACAAAUCAUAG